AUGGCGUCACUCACUUCCAGCUUAUUCCUACGCAAAGACCCACCGUCUCCAAAAUCUUCACUUGACGAUGCAGAUAUCAUUCCUGAAGUCUCAGCUUCAAUCUUCAGUCUUCUUUCGUUCGGCUGGUUGACGCCCUUGCUGUCUCUGGGCUAUAUGAGGCCACUCCAAGCUACUGAUCUCUACAAGCUCCCACAGGAUCGUUCGGCAGCUCAUGUAGCAGACAUUAUACUCUCAUCAUUCGAAGAACGGCGUAGAAAAGCUGAUGAGUAUAACACACAGCUUGCCCACGGUGAUAUUAGCCCUGGUCUUAAAGGUCUAUGGUGGUCGGUCACAGGCAAUCGAGCCGAACGGGAAACACGAUGGAGGGAAACUGAUGGAAAACGUCAAGCAAGCCUCAUUCUAGCCAUCAACGACAGUGUCAAGUGGUGGUUUUGGUCCGCUGGUGCCCUAAAGGUUAUAGGAGAUACUGCACAAGUAACAAGUCCGCUUGCCAUCAUCAACUUUGCCACAGAGUCUUAUGCCAAUCACUUUACUGGAGAACCGGUGCCCUCUAUUGGUCUGGGUAUUGGCUUGUCAUUCGCCCUCCUUGCUUUGCAAUUUGCAAGCUCGUGGUCUAGCAACCAUUCUUUCUACCGUAGCAUGUCAAGUGGUGUCUUAGUCCGCGGAGGGCUCAUUGCUGCCAUCUACUCGCGCUCUCUUCGUCUUUCUGGUCGAUCUCGUUCAACCCUUAGCAACGGGAAGCUGGUGAAUCAUAUCUCAACGGAUGUGUCUCGAAUCGACAAUUGCUUCGCGUUUUUCCAUAUGACUUGGACUGCUCCCAUCCAACUCGCCAUUUGUCUCGUCUUGUUAAUCCUAAAUCUGGGUCCUAGUGCACUGGCCGGCUUUGCAGUGUUUUUUGCAGUUGCUCCAUUUCAGAGCAUAUUCGUAACCCAUUUAAUCAGGCUGAGAAAAAGCAGUAUGGAAUGGACUGAUAAGCGCUCAAAACUCCUCCAAGAAUUGUUCAGUGGUAUAAAGGUCAUCAAACUCUUCGCAUGGGAAAUUCCGUUCCUUAAACGUGUAUCUUCCUUCCGACAAAAAGAAAUGGGAUAUAUCCAGUCUCUACUCAUUCUUCAAACAGGAGUGACCGCUAUGGCUAUGUCAUUGCCUAUCCUAUCUUCUAUCGUCGCUUUCAUUACCUACUCCUUGUCAGGCCAUGCGCUCGAUCCAGCCAACGUAUUUUCUUCCCUCUCUCUGUUUCAGAUGAUCAUGGCACCAAUGGCGUUACCGAUGGCAUUGAGUGCCGUUGCCGAUGCAUAUAAUGCUCUCACCCGCCUUAAGGACGUAUUCGAGGCUGAAUUAUUGGAGGAGACAGCGAUAUUCGACAAAGAUUCGGAAUCGGAUGUUGCCAUCAAAGUACAAGGCGCAAGCUUUACCUGGGAUAGCUCUCCCAAACAUGCAGAACAGGAGCAGCCUGAAGGUUCUAACUCGGAUGAAAAGGACGAUGACGAGAAUAUAUUCAAGUUGACUGAUAUUGACAUGUCAAUUCCGCGCGGACAACUGUGUGCCAUUGUUGGUGCAGUGGGUGCGGGUAAAACGUCUUUACUGCAAGGCCUUGUUGGCGAGAUGCGUAAAACAGCCGGUUCCGUUACCUUUGGAGGCACUGUUGGAUACUGUGCACAAACCGCGUGGAUUCAGAAUGCCACGAUUCGCGAGAACGUUUGUUUUGGAAGACUUUUCGAGGAACAGAGGUACUGGAAAGCCAUCCGCGAUGCCUGCUUGGAACCUGAUUUGGAAAUACUGCCCAAUGGCGAUCUUACAGAAGUUGGUGAGAAGGGUAUCUCACUUUCUGGCGGACAAAAACAACGGGUCAACAUUUGUCGCUCUAUAUACUGCAAUGCUGAUAUACAGAUAUUCGAUGAUCCCUUGUCGGCUCUCGAUGCCCACGUCGGAAAAGACUUGUUCCAGGAUGUUUUCAAGGAGAAUCUACAAGGGAAAACCCGUGUGCUUGUAACGCACGCUCUUCAUUUUCUCCCCCACGUGGAUUACAUAUACACCAUUGUCGAUGGCCAAAUAGCAGAGCGAGGUACAUAUUCCGAGCUCAUGGAAAAUGAUGGCGCAUUCUCCAAAUUUGUCUGUGAGUACGGGUCGAGGGAACAAUCCGAUGAUAGCGAACAGAAUGACCAGGAAAGGACUCCCAAGAAAGCGAAAGAUCUUGAAAGUGCGCUCCCAGGUAAAACGAUGAUGACUGAGGAAGAACGAAAUACCGGUGCUAUCAGUAGUACCAUCUACGGAGAGCUCUUCAGAGCAGGAAAUGGAUUCGCCCUUGCCCCUCUGUUGCUUUUUGCUGUGAUCCUGACGGAAGGUUGUAACCUGAUGUCAUCAUAUUGGCUUGUUUACUGGCAAGAAAGGAAGUGGCCACAACCCCAGGGAUUCUAUAUGGGAAUAUAUGCUGGUAUCGGCGUUUCCCAAGCGUUAAGUAGUUUUUUAACAGGGUCUAUGUUUAUCUUCUUUGUGAUACAUGCUUCGCAAAUUUUACAUGAUGUAACUAUAAAACGCGUCUUGUACUCGCCAAUGAGUUUUUUCGAAACGACUCCACUAGGACGCAUUAUGAACCGGUUCACUAAAGGCAUCAUAGACAUGGACACAUUGGAUAACGUCCUUGGAGGCUCUCUACGAUUGUUGGUUUCAACCGGUGCUUCAGCCCUUGGAUCUAUUAUCUUCAUAUCUGUCAUUGUGCCGUGGUUCCUUAUUGCGAUCGCUGUCGUUUCAGUGUUCUAUUUCUAUGCUGGGUUAUUUUACCGUGCCAGUGCUAGGGAGAUCAAGCGGCUUGACGCCAUUCUGCGGUCCUCAUUAUACUCCCACUUUUCUGAAUCGCUUACGGGUUUGACUACCAUCAGAGCAUAUGGUGAAGUUCCGCGUUUCCAAGCUGAAAACGAGAAACGCAUGGACAUUGAAAACCGUGCAUGUUGGCUCACAGUGACAAACCAGGCAAGUAUGAUUACGCUCAAAGGAAGAACUGCCAACGGACUUUUUUUUCAGAUGUGGCUUGGCAUGCGUCUUGAUUUUCUCGGUGCAAUACUCACCUUCAUCGUUGCAAUAAUUGCCGUAGCCACACGGUUCAGCAUCUCUCCCGCCCAGACUGGCGUGAUAUUAUCCUUCAUUCUGUCAGUUAACCAAAUGUUUCAUAUGAUGGUUCACCUGAGUGCGGAAGUAGAGAACAACAUGAAUGCGGUGGAGCGUAUCGUACACUAUGCCAACCAAGAAGAGCAGGAGCCUCCCCAUCAGCUCGAUGAAUCCGCCUUGCCUGCUUCAUGGCCCUCGGAAGGCCAAGUGGAGUUGAAGGAUGUGGUCAUGAAGUACCGUCCUGAGCUUCCUCCAGUUCUGAAGGGUCUUUCAAUGUCGAUAAAACAAGGGGAAAAGAUAGGGAUUGUCGGCCGCACUGGUGCUGGAAAAUCGUCUAUCAUGGCAGCCCUUCUCCGUAUCGUAGAACUAGAAUCUGGUUCUAUAUCGAUCGACGGUGUUGACAUAUCUACUGUGGGUCUGAUGAAAUUGCGGAGUGGGCUUUCUAUCAUUCCUCAGGAAGCUGUGAUUUCUGGUACACUGAGAUCGAAUCUAGACCCGUUUGAGUUGCACGAUGAUGCGCGGCUCUGGGAUGCAUUGAAGCGAUCAUAUCUCGUCGAACAAGAAUCACAGCCUGAAGGUGCACACGACGAGAAGACUUCAGACGCUCGAUUCAAUUUAGACAGCCAAAUCGAUGAGGAUGGUAGCAAUCUUUCGGUCGGAGAGCGAUCCUUAGUGUCAUUAGCACGGGCUUUAGUCAACGAUACAACAGUGCUCAUUUUAGACGAAGCGACGGCAUCUGUUGACUAUAAAACUGAUCGCCAAAUACAAGACACUAUUAAAACAGAAUUCAAAGACAGGACGAUAUUAUGUAUUGCACAUCGUCUACGUACCAUUAUCUCGUACGACAGAAUCUGCGUGCUUGAUGGAGGCUGUGUUGUGGAAUUCGAUACGCCGAAUACACUCUAUUCUACGCCCAACAGCAUCUUCAGAGAAAUGUGUGAUCGUUCUUCCAUUUCUUUGCACGAUAUUCUUUCCGAGUCUAAAAGGAAGGAGACGGAGUAA